AUGGUAUUCAUACUACGCAAGAUUAAUCACUAUGACAAUUGCGGACACAUUUAUGUUCAUGAAUUGGCCAAAUCUCAACAAAAGGACUCGACAAAUUCAACAAUAACAAACAACAAGAAACAGCGUCGACGAAGGUCGUCCAAAACACCUCAACACGAUACGAGCUCUUCGGCUGCAGCACAACAACACACUUCUCAAACGACCCCUUUUCAUGCCUUAUCGGUUGUUUCUUCUUUGCAUCCAGAAUUGAACAGUACUGGUAUUAAUGACUUGAGAAAAUUACAUACUCGAAGUUUAACAUCCAAUACAACAGCAACCACGAGCACUCGAGGAGAUUCUUCGACAACUACAGAUUUCAAUCGUCAUGAUAUGGGAUCUAUAUCAUCUUCACGAGCUUCAUCAAUGGCAAUUUCAGAUCUUGACUCUCAUUCUGUCUUGUCAUUCAACUAUUAUGGAAUUGAGAAUAGACGAGUGACAUUUAAGGAUGCCAUGCGGCCUUCCUCAUCUUCCUCAGCAUCCUCGUCUAAUAAUAGUGUUGCAAGCGCCGCUUCUGAUUCAGUUGCAACCAAUCAUCGAAAACGUGGAAAGCAUCCAGUCUAUGAAAUUGAUAAUACUUCAUUUCACGAGGAAGAGUUGAUGGCAGCUAAUCCCUACUCUUCUGAUCUCAGACAUUUAUCUUUGGAUACGAAUUCGAGCAAGAACUCGAAAGGUUUCCUCACGAAUCUUUUCAAGACAAAAUCUCGAAGUAAAUUCGAGUUGGAAAUUAUACGACAACAAAAGAAUAGAGACAAACAUUUCCAGAGCAUGAUUGGACUAUUGGCGCAGCUUAGAGCCGUUUGUAAGGUUGUGUUGGAAAUUUCUAAUGAUCUGUUAGGAGAUGUGAAUAGAAUUGGAAAUAGAAUUGUGAGCUUAAAUCAUCGAGUGGAAGCAUCCAAAAGAAAAACUCUUUUUCAUGUCACACACAUUCUCACAACAGCAGAAAAGGACGCCACUUCUUCUUUUGAUUCAAAACAACAUGAUAUCAAAUUUAGAUACAAUAAUCAUGUUAUCAUGUCAAUGGCAGCGACACGAAAGAAUAGUGGCAUCGAAACUGAUGCUUGUACGGUUCAUCAAAGAGCUGUUGAUUUAUUACAUGAAGUGAAAUCUAGAAAAGUUUCCAAUGCCACCACAACACAAGACAAUCAAGCUUCUGCAGAAAAGUCAAUGACUGAAAAUCUGAACAUUCGAGAAUCAAGCUUCUCAUUGUCUGUUUUGAAACCCUCAAAUUCCAUAUCACGAUCAACCACCGAGCCAAUACGUGAGUGGCUAUCACCCACUCAAAGUACUACCAAUAUGGUAGGGCCAAUGAAACCUCCUCUGUCUUUCGAAAAAUUACUCACCUUACCUGAACCCCUUCAACAUCGAUACGAAAAGAGAUGUCACAAAGAUCCCGUCUUUCAUCCCAAAGCAGAUGCUCAACUCAUCAAGAUCACAACUUCAAGCACGACUUUUAAAGAUCUUCAAAAUAGAAAAUCAACACCAUUUUGCUCCUAUUUACACGAUAUUGAUGUUUUAAAGUGGAUUCAUGAAGGUCAUGUGACCAAGUGUUCACAACUUGUUUCAUUCCCAGAUUUCUUCAGACUCAAAUGGCAAGAACAGCUGGAGCAAAAAUCUCGUCAUCAGCAGCACCUAACGACACCAAGAGGUCGUCCCACUUCUUGUUCCAUUUCAUCCUUGUCAAGUGCUGUCGAUGAUUCCUAUCCCCACCACCAUCAUCAUUAUUCAGAGGGAAUGGAUGAAGAGUAUCAUGUUGACAUUUUGGAUGCACGCUCCUCUCGAGCGAAACCCAUCUUACUUGAAAAGAAACCAAUGAGAAUUCCAAGAUGGGCAACCAUGGAAAGUGUAUUUACCAAGUAUGGGCGUGAUACCGUUGGAGCAGAAUUUGAUGACGACGAUUUGGCGAGCUGUACCAGCAAUACUGCCUCGUUGACAAGAAGCAGCACGAGUUCAAGCAAUUAUUUUUAUCCUCAUCAGAAACAACAUCCUUAUUAUGUUGGAAGUAGCAGUACUACUAGUACUACCACGUCGAAUGAUUCCACAUACAAUACUUCAACAUCAUCAAAUUUGGAUUCAUGUGAAGAUUGGAAUUAUGGAAGAGAAGCUCGUCAUCAUGGCCACCACACAAAAGAUAAGAAAACAAACAAGAGAUUUUCACUUCGUCUAUUUGGCCAUUCGAAAAAUCAGAAAAACCAUCCUUUUCAUGAAAAGAAAUCAAAAGCAAUGGUUGAAUUGAUACAAAAUCAAGUGUACGGUCACAUUGCAAGAAGUUUGGAAUGGCAACAUAAAAAUCAUUCCAUUUCAUCCUCACACAAUGAAGACUAUGAUGACGACGAGAGUUCAUACUCUUCAACAAGUAUCAUGCACAUCAAUGAUGUUUACAACUCUCGAAAAGAAAGUAGAAGACGUUUUUUGAACGCCCUCAGAAAUUAUCAAAAUAGUAAGGACUUGCUCAACAAGUUAAACACUCGAAGAUAUUCCUAUGACUCAGCUUCUUCGAGUAGUAGCGACAGCAGUGACGAUGAAGAUAUUUCUAGUGAUACUUGUAGCGUGGUAAGAAUUCCUAUAGCUGGAACGCCACAAUCUCGUCAACCACGUCCUUCAAGUAUUGAAACUACUGUUAGUGCACUUUCGAUGGACUUUUCCAGUUUUGCUUCUCAUCCUCAAGCUUCACAUCUCAUGAACACGAUGGAAAAUCAUCACGACACGAAAUCAAAUCGAAAUUUCUUGUCACCACCACCAUCGUUACCACAGAAUCACAAUAUCAUCCUGAAUAAUCAGUACGCAGGUCAUUCGCCUUAUACUCCAUCCAGUAAUCCCUCUCAGAGCUUGGAUUCUUUGGAGUCAUCAGCAAGUGAGACUGAAACAGACACGAGUAACAUGGGUGAGUUGCCUCCAAUCUUUGAGACGCUCCAUGAAGCUGCACUCAAAAAGAAUCGAACACUCCAUGCAGAGAACCAUAGAACUCUAGAUGCAGUGCCAAACAUCAAGAGGAUGGAAGAAGUGAACACAAUGACGACAGAAAUAAUGGAUGCAUCCAAUCCAUCUUUGAAUGUUGAAAGUGAGAGAUCCAUUGUUUCAUCCAAAAAGGAGCCACACCUAGUUGUUGGAGAACAUACACGUCGUAUUGUUGAGAACUUGAAUCGUCAUGACCAGCAUAGUAGUGCAUCCACAGAACCAAGUUCGUCUUUCAGCUCCACAACUAGCUCUUCACUUCAUUCCUCAGACAUUGGAAAUAAUAAUAAUAAUAGUAGUAGUAGCAGUUUUUCACCCAAUGUAGUGGUUGUGAAACAAAUAUUAAGUCAAGAACCCAUUCGAAUGGAACCUCAUCCCUCUCGAAGAGGCGUUGUUUGCAAUGCAGAUGAAGAAGAUCUUCAAAUUUUGAAUUCGCUUCGAAAACAAUGUUUACCUUCAAACACAUUCUCUCAACAACAGGAUCAUGAACAGACCACUGAAGAAGAUGACAAUAAUCAUGACAACAUGUCAAACACCACUGGUUCUGUUGCCUAUUCAUUUGGCCAAUUACCAGUCUCACCAAACAAGUUCUCAGUGAAGAGAAAUUAUUUGAGAGAGUUCAACGAUCAAAGCCACUCAUUCAAAUUCAUCUCACGAAUAGUCAAUUAA